AUGGUGUUCCCUUCGGAGCCCGUGUUGCGUGUAGAGGGCCCAUUGGCGGUGUGUCAGUUAUUGGAGACGACGAUUUUGGCGUUGUUGAAUUUUGCGAGUUUGGUUGCUACUAAUGCUGCUCGAUACCGGAUGGCUGCAGGGUUCGAAAAAUCAUUGUUGGAAUUCGGAUUACGACGUGCUCAAGGGCCUGAUGGUGGUAUGAGUGCAAGUCGGUAUACUUAUCUGGGUGGUUUUGAUGCUACCAGUAAUGUUCGAGCGAGUUACAUGUUUGGUCUGCCUUGUUCGGGCACACACGCUCAUGCGUACGUGACUUCCUUUAGUAAAUAUGAGGACAUGACCGAUAUGAUACUGCCUGCGAAGGGGAAGGGGAGGAUCUCGCAGCCGUUCAGAGAUUACUGUCUGGAACUUGCACCGCUUGUGUACGCGCUAACCAACGCUAAAGAGACGGCCGUGUCCGGUGAACUGUAUGCAUUCGUCAACUAUGCCGCGGCAUUCCCCAAUGGCUUUGUCGCACUCAUUGAUACCUACGACGUCCUGCUUUCCGGCCUACCCAACUUCCUGGUCGUAGCCAUCGCCCUUCACGACCAUGGCUAUGCCGCCAAGGGCAUCCGUCUCGACAGCGGAGACCUGGCAUACUACUCCAAAGAAUGCCGCGCCAUGAUGCACCACGUCGCAAACAAACUGAACCUCUCCCGCCGAACCGGGCAAGGUGCUUCACAUUCCGAGCACGCGUCCCGAACGGGACAGGACGCUCUACCCGGCCAGGACGCUCUACCCGGCCAGGACGCUCUACCCGGCCAGGGGGAACAACCUCCACAGCCUGACGUUCCGCUGGUGACUUAUGGGGAUGCAGGGUCUCCCGCCGGCAACGGUUCUACGGUUGCGUUGGCAUUAACGAAGAAGUUCUGCAGUCGCUCGCCCAACAAGACCACGAAAUCGACGUAUUUGGAAUCGGAACUCACCUUGUCACCUGUUAUGAACAACCAGCACUUGGCAUGGUUUACAAACUCUGCGAUAUUGAUAAUGUUCCAGUCAUGA